CGAGAAGUCACUACUUGGAUGGCGAGGAAGUUUUUAAUAGUGUGCAGUUAAUCCUAAUAGUUACGUCAACGUUCUUUCUUUUCUUCAGUGUUAGACAUCAUGUUAAUAUACUAUGUUAAUAUACCUUCAAGAUCCUUAUGUGAAUUAUUGAACCGCUUCACUCUGAUUAUGUUUUGGUUUUCUACCAAAAACCGACAAACGAGACUUCCGGGUAUCAGCUGAGUUUUAGAUUUCGCGGGUCUAAACAAAAAGCUCGUUGUAUCGAUGUGAAGACUUCAACCAAAGACAAAUGCUGUACAUUUGUAACAUAUGGGCUUUUUCGGUCUACUGUUGCCGACGUUAAUUCAGAGUUUUAAACCAACAGUUAGACGGUAGUUAAUGGUUUAUUGCGUGGUUUCAGUGCUACGUCAGACUCCAGUAUGUCACUGCUGUCCCUGGUUGAGCAAACUAUCAAGUCCCGCAAAGCUGAACAAGCCAAGAUUAACGACAGUAUUGAAUUCUACAAAGACCUGCUACAGACCCUAACGCCACAACCAAAGGCGGGCUUUGAUGAGACCCAGUGUGCCAAUAAUGAUGCUACUAGAGCCACAGAUACCUCACCAGGGGAAAAAGAAGAUAUAGAAUUGCUUGAACGAGCCCUGGAGAAAGCCCUUCGGGUCCGCACCGGCACAGGAUUUCCCAAAAAAGGCUUGAGCAAACAAUCUCCACCUCAAAAGGAACCUUGCUCUACUGCUGUUGCAUGCACCUCUGCAGCUUCUAAAGUAAAUCGCUCCACGUCCAGAUCAACCUCUAAAUCUGCAAACCCAAAAGAGCCCAAAAAGCCCGGUACGUCGGUACCCUCCACACUGGUUUCAAAACUCUCUGCCGGCCACUAUCCCGGUCGGGGCAAAACCACAAGUAAAAGUCAGUUUUCUUCGGCUGGGGUUCCCCAUCGGCAAGCAGCAAGGAAACCCCCGCAGGCUGCGUCGGGCUGUGGCUCCGUCGAUGCGUUCCACACAUCGGCCCUCCACUCUGAAAAGAAGACUAUUAGACUUGUACAAGACUUGUUGAGUGGACAUGACCUGAGCAAAGCUGUGGCGGCCUCGGCUCCCACCAGAAACCCGCUGGCCGUUUCAAUAACAGAGGAGCUCGCAGCUCCGUGCUUACUUGGCCCGAAUGGGGACGAUUCUGCACCAAUAGCAAAAUGGAAAUCUCUAAGGAGCAAGCAAAACAGGUUAUGGGACAAAGUUGUUACCCUACAAAGGAAGUCUGUGCCUGGGAGGAGUCACUUCAUGGAGAGAAUGAAAGCCACGUUCCCCAGGGAUCCUGCUCGCGGAAUCCCAGAUCAGACGCGGCUUCUGGACGACAGGCCCACUCUCCGAGGGCCUGGCAUCGACUGCCACUGCCAGACAACGCAGCUUCUGGCCAGACGGGCGCAGGAAGCAACCGCAGAGCUGCCGUGGGAGGCAUGGGAUCGAUGGAGAGCAGAGGGAGGCCGCCUUUGCCCCGCUGGGGUUAAUGGCGCGGUGGUGGACGGGAUGAUUGCUCCCCUGCCGCCCACUUUAACCUACGCGAUGGAGGCAGAGCUCGUGGAGCUGGAGACGCUGCGGACGAGGGUGUCCCUGCUGCGGCAGGAGAUUUACCUCGAGCAGGCUAUAUUGGACACCCUGUCCCCUCUACUCCCCUCCAUAGUACCCGGGCCUGGAUGUCCCGACCUUAGUGACCUGAGGGACUUGUACUCCCUGCUGGGGGAAGGAGGGGAGCGCUUCCCCGCCGUAGUGCUGGACUCUGAGCCCUGACUGACUGCAGGGGCAUUUGACACCAGGUUCAACUUCUUCAGACACAUGCGACCAACACAAUAUUGCCUCUCAGUGUAACACAAUAUUGCCUCUCAGUGUAAUGCAUAAUCCGGGGUGACACCAGUUGACGCAUUCCCUUUUGACACUGUCAAUAAAUCUAGAACAUAAAACCCACAAAAGGAAUCGCAGGACUAUGUAGGAUUGUCAUUUGCUAAGCAGCGGAGCCUAAUUAAGUGUGAACGUCAAUCAAGCAUUUGACCGUCAAUCAAGAUUCAAUGUGAAGAACCUUUUGCUUUAUUUAUUCAGUGUCUGAGGCCGGGCAGUUAAAUGUACGAUCAUUUGUUUGUUUGGUGCUGUCGUCCCAAUUUUACAUUCACAUAAUCCAGUUAUUAUUUUCUGUUCAGAACCUAUAAAACAUUAUU